GCAUCCGUCAGAGCCGGAGCGAGGACCCUGCUGCGGGAGUGAGCUCCGAGGAACACGCACACACAGCCGGUGACACGUCCCCCUCGACGUCCUCCACACAGACACAACCCGCCCGCUCGGCCGGACCAACGACGUCUCCACUUCCACAAAAAUGGCCACGGACGAGCUGUCGUCGAAGCUCAGCCGACGGCUGCAGAUCGAGGAGGGAGCCGAGGAGCCCGUCGCCGUGGACGUCGCCGCCGCCGCGCACCACAACGGCGCCGAGGAGAAGGCGAGCACGGCCAGCGCGGACCCGGAGCUGGGCGCGAAGCUGGCGCGCAGGGGCGAGCUGAACGACGGCCAGGGGGAGCACUGCCAGCCCAGCAUGAGGGUCUUCAACCCCUACACCGAGUUCAAGGAGUUCUCCCGGAAGCAGAUCAAGGACAUGGAGCAGAUGUUCAAAACGUAUGAUGCGGGGAAAGACAAUUACAUUGACCUGAUGGAGCUGAAGCUGAUGAUGGAGAAGCUCGGCGCUCCACAGACGCACCUCGGCUUGAAGAACAUGAUCAAGGAGGUGGACGAGGACCUGGACAACAAACUCAGCUUCAGAGAGUUCCUGCUGAUUUUCAGGAAGGCGGCGGCAGGGGAGCUGUCAGAGGACAGUGGCCUCAGUGUCCUCGCUCGCCUCUCUGAAAUCGAUGUCUCCACAGAGGGGGUCAAGGGAGCCAAGACCUUCUUUGAGGCCAAAGUCCAGGCCAUCAAUGAGGGCAGCCGGUUCGAGGCGGAGAUCCGCCAGGAGCAGGAGGCCAAGAAGAAGCAGGCCGAGGAGCAGAAACAGAGACGAGCUGCGUUCAAAGAGCUGCAGUCGACCUUCAACUGACCGGGCCCGCUCUCAUCUCAGGACCUUUCGCUCUCUGUGUCGCACUAAUGUGUGUUUGAACGCCCCUCAUGUGUCAGACAGUGGUGGUCCUGAGUCAGCCCAACGUCCCACACAUGCUGAUCAAUAGUCUACAAUACAAUGGGCUCGAUACACAAUGAAAAAAAAUCACCGCUGUCGUCUAUGCUCACGCAGAUAAAAGAUAAAGAAUCAACGGCUCAUCUGUAUAUUGGCUCCAUAGCUCAGUGACACCUUCGUACGUUAAUGAAGUGCAGCCAGUAGAGUAGUCUGUACUGAGCUCAAUGAACCUGACAUCAGCGACUGUCUGCAAUUUCAAAGAAAAGAGAUUUCCCCCAAAUGUCCCCUCUGUGGCCUGCUGUGCUGGCACAGUGGGCUCCGGCAUCAAAGGUUCAAAUGAUUACUUUCCAGAGUAGUAAAAUCUGGUCUCGUCGUGAUAUAAUCAGCCGGCAUCUAAUGAAUCUUCAAACUCAUCCAACUGUUUCUCCAUUUAGCCUUCUUAAAUGCUCUCCCCUCCACCUUAGGGCCAAACACAGCCUCCGCUACCUGCUGUGUUUGGAUCUGAAAUGACCCAGGGUGAUGCAGGCACCCAGAGCACCGUCUUGACUACAGUGUCCACUGUGAGCUAUUUUUGUUGACCGUCCUCUCUCCAGAAUUCAUAGUAAAUCCACACGGACACUGCAGUCUGAUAAUCUUUUGUCACAAGGUUCAAUUAGUGUUGAAUGUUGAACGAAUAGCCGAGCUGUGGAGCUCUGUAUUUUUGUAUAAUGGGGUUGGGUGGGUAAUCGAGUACAAGGUAGUUGGUGGUGGUCAUGGAAUCUGUGGAGUACAAAGCGUUAGAAUAGGGUUCUGUCAUUUUGUUUACCGAAUCCUUUGCCGAGAUCUGGGGUUGGAGGGAUCUGCUUUGAUUUGGAGUUCAGUCCAAACUCAUGAGCCGUCAGACCGUUUGAAACAUUACAAAAAAACUUAUCAGAGACUCCCAAGUUAAAUGUGCACAGGAACUACUUGUUGGUUCACCUGUUUUCAUCUUCACAUCAGUGGUUUAGUGGUUUACAUUCGUGUUGUCAGAGUUCAACACUUGAGUUGGAGAGUGUAACAUUCCCUUUUCAUUUUCUUUAACACGUAAUGUCACACGUGCCAUCGUAGCAGUUAGACCGGUGUCACUUAUUCCGCUUGAUGUUCUCACCGUUCUCUCACUGUCAAAUAAUGACCAAUGUGAAAUCUUUUGUUUGUCAAUUUUCCUGAUCAGCUUCCUUCAUGGGCCCUGGCUGGUGACAUCCUCGUAAAUCUUUUUAGCUAAGAGAUUUGCACAUUUUGCACUUACUCAGUCCUUUCAUGUAAGUGUAUUAACCAAGAGAUAGAUUUUAACCUUGUUGUAAUUGUUCACUUUAAAUCGACAUGACGCCCCCGUCUUUAAAACGUAGUGUUGAUCCUGAAGAUCUUGUUCACGGAUUAACACAGAGAGCAAGUUAGCACAAUUACUGUUACGCCAUAGAUUAUGCAGAUGAUGCACUACCAUUUAUUUGAAAUCGGGCUGCAGCUUGUGAUGUUUUUAACAGACAUUUAUCUUUCACUAAUAUAUGGGAGCCCUAAAACUGUAUGACAGUCACAUUUAAAAAAAAAAAAAAUGCAGUGCAAGUGAACAAA